AUGUCCACCAUACCAGAACUGUCCCGACCGGCCGCGAGUCCUCCGGCUGGUACGCUGCCGCCAUUGCCAGCACCGAAAGUCAGAAAGAGCUUGCCCCUAUCAACCGACAUACAGAGGGCGUCAUCUCCAUCACAUUCAACUUCCAAAUUGCGCACGCCCUCCAGCCCUAGAUCAAAUUUUAACAGGUCCCCAUUAUCAAGUUCAAUCUCUAACCAAGGCAGUUUGAGGUCUGCGUCGGGAGGUCGGAGUCCGGCCAGUCCUGAGAAGUCGCUUCGCAGGACGAUAAGCAUUGCGGCCUUUCCCCAGCCUCCAAAAGUCAAUGGCCGUUCUUCUGUGGCUUCCGCAAUCUCGGGAUCUAAUAAUAUUCCGCUUGGCAGCGCGAGAGUCAAGAGUGGUUCGAGGUUAAGUUCAGGGACUACCAGCAGUUAUCGAAGUUCAAGGCCACCUUCCCUAUUAAACGGACAUGGGGACGGCAGAAAUGGCCCUGUCUUAGACUCACGAGAACAAGAAGCCUCCCCUACACAGAGCAGAAGCUCGUCAGCCCAAGGAUCGUACUCAACAAGUGCGACCACGUGUGAAGAUCCGGAUGAUGCUACAGGGAUCGCCAAGUCAAAUUCGAGAACCAAGCAAGUGAAAGGAAAUGUGAUCGUCAGCGUCCGUGUACGUCCCAAUCUGACCGGGACAGAUGGUUCGGCUUCUGACGGCGAUUGGGUUGUUGACGGUCGGCGCGGCCUAAUCUCCUAUAAAGGAAAGGAAGGCGGAGCCGACUAUUUAUAUGACAAUGUCUUUCAGCCGCACGAGCACAAUGCCAAAGUCUACGACGCCGCGGCCAAGCGCCUUGUGAGAAGGGUCAUGGAAGGAUAUCACGGAACAGUCUUUGCUUAUGGCAUGACCGGGACUGGCAAAACCUUCUCUAUGCAAGGGACCGCGACUUCUCCCGGUGUGAUACCAUUAGCAAUAACGGAUAUCUUCUCUUUCAUCAGAGAGACACCUCACCGGGAAUUUCUGCUUCGCGUCAGCUAUCUGGAGAUCUACAACGAAAAGAUUCAUGACCUCCUGUCGACGUCGGGCUCUACUGGGCUUGCGAAUUCUCAGCAGGAGGAGAUCAAACUCCGCGAAGACAGCAAACGAGGUGUGUAUGCAACUCCGUUAAAGGAAGAGAUUGUGCAGAGCCCUACCCAACUCCUACGUGUAAUUGCCAGAGGCGAUCUUGCACGGAGAACGGGCAGCACGCAGUUCAAUGCUCGUAGUUCUAGAAGUCAUGCGGUCGUCCAGAUUGUUGUGGAGAGCAGAGAACGAGCACCAACGAGCAACCCAUCCCAAGAACGGCGCUCCGGCAUGGCCCCAGGGGGAGUCAGGGUGUCGACCCUUAGCUUGAUCGAUUUGGCUGGGUCUGAGCGCGCUGCAGAGGAUAAAGAGCGUCGGACGGAAGGUGCUCAUAUAAAUAAAAGCUUACUCACAUUGGGCACGAUCAUCGCAAAGCUCUCGGAGAACAAGGAUAAGGGCGGAACCUCAGCUGAUCGCGAGGGCAGACAUCUUCCGUAUCGUGACAGCAAGCUUACACGGCUGCUACAACCGGCUCUCUCAGGGAACUCUCUUGUCAGCAUCCUCUGUACAAUCCAGAUUGAUGGGUCUGGCAGCUCAGCAACAACGGGUUCACUUUCAACUGAGACUCUAAAUACGCUGAAAUUCGCCGCCCGUGCCAAGAACAGCAUCGUCAGUCACGCUAAGAGGGCAGAGGAAGCCUUUGGCAGUGGCGGGGGCGAUGCGGGCAGCCGAGUUCUUCUGGAGCGCUACCGCAUGGAGAUUCAAACACUACGCAGUCAGCUUGAAAGUCAGGCAAAGGAUCAAGCUGAGAAGGAGUUAAAACUGGAAGAGCAACAACUGGAGAAAGAGGCAAAAGUGCGCCACGAGGAGCAAAUGCUUGAAAUGCAAUUAGCUCGAACAGCGCUGAAGGAACGUAUUGAACAUCUCAAUCGUCUGAUCCUCUGCUCUAAAUCAACUGGAGUCAAUAGUCAUAACGGUAUAGCCGCCUUCGGGCGGCUUUCUAGGAUGUCUACUACCGACUCCAUUUCUCGGUCUCUGCGGUCGUCUGUGAGUCAGUCAACAUUGGGUGCAUGCGGAUUUUCAUCGGUACGGCCUGUUUCCUUCCUGUCCACCAACAGCACUGAAGUGUCGGCGAAUUUGCCGUAUCGAAAUGCGCCCCUUGAACACGAAGAGGACGAAAUUAUGGGGGAGCUUGCAGACGGAAGAGCAAGCGCCCAGAGACAGAUUGCUGCUCUACAAGCUGAUCUUAACGAUAAGAAUCGAUAUAUCUCAACGCUGGAGAGACGCCUAUUGCAAGCCCGACGCUCAAGUCACUCUCGAAUAUCUAUGGGUGUGAAGUCAGUAAAUGCUCCCUCAGAAGAGCCGGACUUCAAGGCUCUGAUCCGUGAGAAAGAUAUGGAAAUCAACGAACUCCGCUUGCAGCUGGAUGAUAAGGAUCGGAUGCUUGCGGCACUUCGGUCUGCCGCACGACACUGGGAUCUCGCACAUGUUACAACAGACCCAUGCGCUGCGGACCCCAAAAUCAAGCGUGCGUCUUUGAAUAGUAAUGGCGGUGUUAUGCCAUCAUAUGGUCGUGCAGCUGGUUCCCUUUCGUCGCCCGAAUCUGAUGAUAAAGGACCAGAUGGAAAGAGCAUGGACGAAGUCUCGCGCAUACUCGAUGAAAUGAUACAGGAUAGAGUGCAGAGCGGUCAUUUAGUGAAGGGAUCUCGCGGAAGUGUUCGUGUUGCUGAUGAAAAGCAACGAGCGCUUGAACCGGCGGCAGGUAUCCCUGCGUUAAACACAGCUAGCACAGUUUCAGAAGAUGGGACAAAUGUCAUGUGA